CUGACUGUAGAGAGCUUAGGACCCUGUAAUUGCUGAGCCUUAAAUACCUUAGGGUUUAGGGUCUAUAUUUCAGAACAAUGGCAUCCAGCAGGACACACCAUCCUGCUUUUUUCCUGUCCUUCCCACUGAGGAGGAAUUGGGCUACCUCCUCACAAGAUGACCCGAGAUCAGGAAAUUCAAAGGAAUUGAAACCACAUCAACUGCGACGUUGCAAACGAGCAUGGGUUCUAGCCACAUUUGAAAUUACUGAAGAAGAUGAAGGUCCUUUCCCUAAAUUUGUUGCCCAGCUUCAAAAUGACAAAACACAAAAUUAUUCAUUGUGGUAUAAAAUUAUGGGUCCUGGAGUUGAUCAAGAUCCGGAACAUGGCUUAUUUGAAAUAAACAAGAACAAUGGAAAUUUAUAUAUUAAUCGUAAAGUUGAUCGGGAAACAACUUCAAUAUUUAAGUUAACAGUUGAUGCUUUGCAAAAACGCACUGGAAAUAUUUUGGACUCAUCACUGAUUUAUCAGAUCAAAGUAAAAGAUAUCAAUGACAAUCCCCCCGUAUUCUCUAAAGAUAUUUACCAUGUCCAGGUUUCGGAGUCCACUGCUCCAGGUCAAAGUAUUUUUAAAGUUGAAGCCACGGAUAAAGAUGAGAUAAAGCAUCCUAACUCAAUUAUUUCAUACUAUCUUGUUUCUGAACCGGAAUCACCAACUGGAAGGAUGUUUGCUAUUGACCAAGAAAAUGGAACAAUUACUCUUAAAAAUUGCUUAGAUUAUCAGAAAAUCACCUCAUACAAACUUCUCAUUCGAGCUAGGGACAAUGGUCCUCAAAUUCAACAUUCUUCCACCGCCACAGUAAUUGUUAAUGUGAAUGACAGAAACAAUAACCCUCCUACCUUUAUCAGUCACACUGCCUCAGCAACUGUGUCUGAAAAUAAUGUUAUGGCAGUUAUACUGAAAGUAAAGGUAAGUGAUGGAGACCAACCUAAUACCCCAGGUUGGAAAGCAAAAUAUACCAUUAUACAUGGGAACGAAAAGGAGAAUUACAAGAUUGAUACUGAACCAGAUACAAACAAUGGAAUUCUGUUGCUAAUAAAGCAUUUAGAUUAUGAGCAUGGUCGAGAAAGAAUACUUCAGAUUGCUGUUGAAAAUGAAGAACCAUUAUUUACCUGUCCUGGCACGAAUAUUGAUUUGCGUACUUCAGAAUCGCAGAUAAUGACAGUAAAUAUCAAUGUAUUGGAUGAAAAUGAUCCACCGCUUUUUGACCCUGCUGAAAUAUUAGUCAAACUUAAAGAAGGUCUUCUACCUGAAGUUGUGCUGGGGAGAAUGAAUGCCACAGAUCCUGAUAAUAUAUUUAAAAACCAUAUCAGGUAUGUAAAAGCAUAUGAUCCUGGUGAACUAGUUUCUGUGGAUAAAGUGACUGGUAUUGUCACAACGUUGAAAGAAUUGGAUCGAGAAGCACCCUACAUGAAUGGAAGUGUUUAUGAUAUUAUUAUUCAUGCAGUUGAUGAUGGUGUGCCACCUUUGACUGGAACAGCCACUCUGCACUUACACUUGUCAGAUGUUAAUGACAAUGCACCAUAUAUAGUGAACAACAAUCAACAUAUGUGCACUAAUGGCAAUGCGCGAUCCAUCAAUAUUAUGGCAGCAGAUGAUGAUGAAAAUCCAUUCAGUGGUCCAUUCACAUUUGAACUAAUGGAUACCAAAGUAUUUGGAAAGAAGAUGUGGAAAUUAUCAACAGCAUAUGGCACAUCUUCACAGCUUAUGAGUCUGCAGGAUCCCUUACCAGGAGUUUAUGCAGUGCCUUUCAAGAUCCAUGAUCGACAAGGAAUUAGUAAUGUGAAUGUAUUGAAUUUGCGUGUUUGUCACUGCCCAGAUGAGGUUGAAUGUGAAAGCCUGGAAAUCCAUAGAUCCAUUGGCGUUGGCACAGCCAUUGGUGUUGUGUUUGCCUCAUUGUUAUUACUGCUUCUUGUUCCAUGUUCAUUUUUGUUUUGUAAUUUCCCCAACAAGAUGCGGACUAAUUUAGUCCCUGAUGAACCUAAUGGGUCAUUAAUAAUGUACAAUGAAGAAGGAGGUGGUGCACCAUGUUCAGCUGACUUUAUUUCACGAUUCUUGCCAGAAGAAAAUGGUCACUUUUUACUCCAUGGCUUUGAAACUUCAGGCACUUUGCAAAUAGAGAAUGAGAAUCUGCUCAAACAUAAAGGAUUCUUCCAACCUUCAGCAGAAAAUCUGACCCCAGUGAACUCUUCACCUAGCUAUGACUUCAAUAAUCAUAAUGGCCUGGAGACUGCAGGUAGAAUACAUUUCUCUGAGUCAACUAUGUCUCCAACUAUACACCAAACUGGAUCCAGACAAGUCAUGAGAAGUAAUCUAGAUGAUCUUAUCUACCAGGUACAGAGAGUGCAAUUCUACAAUGACAGGGAAGACCUCCAAGACCAUUGCGCACCCCAUGUUUAUAUGCAUGAGGGAAGAGCUACAAGUAUAAUAUCGCUUGACAGUCUCAUUAAUACUGAGAAAAGAGAUGACUUCAAUUAUCUUGACCAAACUGGAACCAAAGUUUGUAAGCAGCAGUGAAAUUUGUCAGUGAAACCUAUCAAAAAUAUCCAAUGUAAUCAUUAGAACUUUGUGCAGAUGACAAACAUGCUCUAAGUCCCAAAUUAAAAGCAAGUUUCAACUUAUUCACAGGUUUUGGAAAAGGUCUAGAAAUUUGAUCACACAUAUCUAUUUUUCAAGAGCUAAACCAACUCCUAAACAUCUAAAAUGGCAAAACACAGAACAGAAAUGCAUUACCCACGAUACCACCAAAUUACACCAUUAGCAUCAAAAGCUCACAGCAAAAGGAUUUAAGUUCACAAAUACGUUACUUAGUUGGUGAUGGUGUUCUUCUGACCCUACACUUGACUCACCAAAUAUUGAGUUGCCUAAGAAAGAUAAACUUCAGCAGUUUCAGGGUCUUGCUGGAGAUUGCAAAAUUCUGAUGUGGAUCAUCGCACAUAUAUGCCCAGUAACUCUUCAUAUAUAGGUGGUUAGUAACAGCUUCAGGUGGCAGCUUCCUAUUUGUAUUUAUAAUUCUUUUAAGAAAAAAAGGGUGUGUUAUUGACCGUUUUAUGAGAGGUUUAGUAGUAUUGGCUGUAUGUCUGAAUAUCAAUCAGGAAUAUAACAUACUGUGUGAAGUAAUGCUGACAGAUCAAUACUAUGUCCACCCUGUCUGUGCACACCAUUUUGAAGGGUGCUUUGAAUGCCUGAUUCUAUUUCCAAGUUAGAAUUUCAUGAUUUGAAUUUUACAAAAUAUCUACUCAUUUCGUAACUAUAAUUGGCAAACAUCAAAAUCAUAAAGGUUUUUACUUACUUUCUUAGUUUGGAACACAGGUGAAGGGUCAAUAUCCAUUAAAAGAAGUACCAUCAGGGUUGAAAACUUUAAAAAAACAAAGUAGUAAUGAAAUAAUGGUUAGGUGAUAUUAAUCUUAAUUUUAAAAUGUGGUGAGUAUUUUUGGAUAAAGAGAGGACUUAGUGGCUUAGAUUAUUAAUUUUUCUUGUGACAUAUUUGCAUUUUAUUUUGCUUUUUAAAAGCGUACGUUAAGCAAUGAUCGUUUUGGUGUUUAGUUUAUAAAGUAUUUCACUCGGAUGUCAUGCCAUGUCAUUUUAAAAUGAUACUUUUUAAUGUACUUCAUUUGCAUGAUGAGACAGCUUUGUCUUAAUAAAAUACAAGGAUUUUUCCAGUUCCUUAAAAUGUUGGAAGCUGCAAAAUCACAAAAUGUUAUGGGUUAUUCUAGCUAAAUAUUUUAUGAUGAUACUAUGGUGAAUUGUUUACUGGGGUUUGCUUUCAAAUGUAUGGGCAUGUUUUUGGGACAGUUUCCAAAAAAAUGUUGCUUUUUUGUUGCUUAUACAAUAUUAAACUGUUUACUUUGCAA